AUGUCAAGUCGGAGGUCUACUUUGUCAAGAUCUUCUGAAUCUCUUACAAGUUCUAGCGAUCCGUUAAGAGAAUUAUUUGAAGCAUGUAAAACUGGAAAUUUAAAUAAAGUUAAAAAAUUAGUUUCUCAGCAAUCGGUCAACGCUCGAGACACAGCGGGUCGUAAAUCUACACCAUUACACUUUGCUGCUGGGUAUGGGAGAAAAGAAGUUGUAGAAUUUUUAUUAUCGACUGGAGCUUCGAUUCAAGCUAGAGAUGAUGGUGGACUUCAUCCGCUUCACAAUGCUUGCUCAUUUGGUCAUGCUGAUGUAGUAAGAUUGUUACUAGAAGCUGGUGCUAAUCCUAAUACUAGAGACAAUUGGAGUUAUACUCCUUUGCAUGAAGCAGCUAUUAAAGGAAAAAUUGAUGUUUGCAUAGCAUUGUUACAAAAUGGUGCUGAUCCGAGUAUAAGAAACAGUGAGGGUAAAACAGCAUUAGAAUUAGCUGAUGUAUCAACUCGACCUGUUUUGACUGGAGAUUACAAAAAGGAAGAGCUACUUGAGGCUGCCAGAUCGGGAUCAGAAGAUCAUCUUUUAACUUUAUUGAAUCCUCUUAAUGUUAAUUGUCAUGCUAGUGAUGGUCGCAGAUCAACUCCUUUGCAUUUAGCCGCUGGUUACAAUCGGGGAAGAGUGGUUCAACUAUUGUUAAAAAACGGAGCUGAUGUUCAUGCUAAAGAUAAAGGUGGUCUGGUUCCAUUACAUAAUGCUUGCUCAUAUGGUCAUUUUGAAGUGACUGAAAUGCUAAUAAAACACGGUGCUAAUGUAAAUGCAAUGGAUUUGUGGCAAUUCACACCACUGCAUGAAGCAGCUUCAAAAUCUCGAGUUGAAGUGUGUUCAUUAUUAUUGAGUGAAGGAGCAGAUCCCACUAUAUUUAAUUGCCAUUCUAAAUCUCCAAUAGAUGUAGCUCCCACUAGAGAUUUACAACAAAAAUUAAUUCAUGAAUUUAAAGGUCACUGUUUAUUAGAAGCUUGUCGACAAACUGAUCCUGCUAGAGUAAAAAAAUAUUUGUCAAGUGAAUUAGUGAAUUUUAAACACCUUUACACUGGUGACACACCACUUCAUUGCGUUGCUGCAUCUCCUUAUCCUAAAAGAAAACAAGUGUUAGAUAGUCUAAUAAGAAAAGGUGCAAAUUUAAACGAUAAAAAUAAAAAUUUGCUGACUCCACUGCAUUUGGCCGCCGACAAGUCACAUUACGACGUCAUGGAUGCACUUUUACGUCACGGAGCAAAAGUUAACGCUUUGGAUGAUUUGGGACAAACUGCUUUGCAUCGAUGCGCAAGAGAUGGAAAUAUUCAAGCUUGUAAAAUACUCAUGUCGUACAAUGUUGACCUUUCAAUUGUAUCACUGCAAGGAUUAACAGCUGCUCAAUUAGGAACGGAAAAUGUCACUAAAAUAUUACAGGAUCCUUCCUCCGGAAGCUCAGAUUCCGAAUGCCAAUUAUUAGAAGCUGCCAAAUCCGGUGAUUUGGAAGCUAUUCAAAGGCUGCUAAGUAGUUAUCCUCAAAUUGUUAAUUGUCAGGAUUUAGAUGGGAGGCAUUCUACUCCUCUACAUUUUGCAUCGGGAUACAACAGGGUUAGCAUCGUCGAAUACUUACUCGAUCACGGAGCCGACGUGCAUGCCAAAGAUAAAGGUGGUUUGGUUCCUUUGCACAAUGCUUGUUCGUACGGACACUACGAAGUAACAGAAUUAUUAGUUAAACAUGGUGCUAGCGUAAACGUAGCUGACCUAUGGAAAUUUACGCCACUUCACGAAGCCGCCGCCAAGGGUAAAUAUGAAAUCGUCAGACUUUUACUCAAGCACGGAGCCGAUGCGAGUAAAAAAAAUCGCGAUGGUUCCACUCCGUUGGACUUGGUAAAAGAAGGAGAUCAAGAUGUGGCUGAUUUGUUACGAGGAAACGUGGCUCUUUUGGAUGCGGCUAAAAAGGGAAAUGUUACACGGGUACAAAGACUGAUCUCCUCGGAUAAUAUUAAUUGCAGAGACGCACAAGGGAGAAAUUCAACUCCUUUGCAUUUAGCAGCUGGGUAUAAUAAUAUAGAAGUUGCCGAGCUUUUAUUAGAACAUGGAGCCGACGUCAAUGCUCAAGAUAAGGGUGGAUUAAUACCUUUGCACAAUGCGUCUUCCUACGGUCAUUUAGACAUAGCAGCUCUUUUGAUCAAAUAUCACACUGCCGUAAACGCGACAGAUAAAUGGGGAUUCACACCGUUACACGAAGCCGCUCAAAAGGAAGAACGCAAUUAUCUUGCUCACGGUGCGGAUCCGUUUUUGAAAAAUCAAGAAGGUCAAACUCCGCUAGAGUUGGCCACGGCAGAAGACGUAAAAUGCCUUCUUCAAGAUGCUAUGACUCUUCAACAAGGAGUCGCUUUACAUUUAACAUCUUCAAACUCUCCGGCAGCGUCUGAAACUGUGGUCAUGCCUUCCGGUGCUUCAGUCUCUUUAUCUCUUCCUAUUUCGUUGUCUUCAACCACUGUGAUAUCUAGCGAAGAAGGACGCGUAAAUAAUAAUAAUAAUAAUAAUACGGUUAAAACGGAAGGGGAACACGAAAACAACAGCGGUGUCGCUUCCCUGUCUGGAUUUCUUCGAGGGCUCGGUUUGGAACACCUUUGCGAAGUAUUUGAACGAGAACAAAUAACACUAGAUAUUUUAGCAGAAAUGUCACACGAAGAUUUAAAACAAGUUGGAAUCAGCGCUUACGGAUACAGGCAUAAAAUAAUAAAAGGAAUAGAAAAAUUAAAUUCGAGUCCCGACGGAUGGUGGUCGGGUUCGGGGAAUCCCCGUACUUUACUCGUUGAUUUAUUGUCGGGGGACAAAGAAUAUUUGGCAGUUGAAGAAGAAAUGCAAAGAACGGUUAGAGAACAUCGAGAUAGCGGUCAAUCCGGUGGAAUUUUUUCUAAAUACAAUAUAAUUAGGAUUCAAAAAAUUCAAAACAAAAAAUUAUGGGAAAGAUAUUCUCAUCGUCGACACGAAGUCGCAGACGAAAAUUCAAAUCAAUGUAACGAACGCAUGUUAUUUCACGGAUCUCCAUUCAUUAACGCCAUUGUUCAAAAAGGUUUCGACGAAAGGCACGCUUACAUGGGUGGUAUGUUCGGUGCUGGAAUUUAUUUUGCCGAACAUUCGUCUAAAAGUAAUCAAUACGUGUAUGGAAUCGGUGGUGGAACGGGUUGUCCAGCUCACAAAGAUAGAUCCUGUUACAUAUGUCAAAGACAUUUGAUUUUGUGUCGGGUCACAUUAGGGAAAUCAUUUCUACAAUUUUCCGCCAUGAAAAUGGCUCACGCUCCUCCGGGACAUCAUUCCGUCGUCGGGAGACCCAGUGCGGGCGGUCUCUACUUUCCCGAAUACGUUGUUUACAGGGGAGAACAGGCGUAUCCGGAAUAUUUAAUCACUUAUCAAAUAAUUAAACCGGAUUCCGUAUUAGAAUCUUAA